AUGUUCACGUUCUCCUUAUUGGAGAAUGAAAGCAGCUCGUGCCGGGUUUCAAAGCUCACUUUUGAUUCCGAUAUCGUUAUCUUGGCAGAUCCUUCGUGGGAUGGAAAGGACCAUAAUGACAUUCUAUUCAUGGAACCUCACUUAAGAAACGUCGACUUUAUCAUAUUGUCUCACGGUACACCUGAAUUCAUAUCAGGGUUUAUUUUGCUCUGUAUCAAAUUCCCAAACUUGAUGAACAAUAUCAAAAUUUACUCCACAGUUCCUGUUAACCAAUUGGGAAGAAUAUCUACAGUUGAAUUUUAUAGAUCCAAGGGAAUUGUGGGACCAUUGAAGGACGCCAUUUUGGAAGUUCUGGAAAUCGAUGAAUGGUUUGAUAAGAUCUCUGAAUUAAAGUUCUUUCAAACCUUGUCACUUUUGGACAAUAAGCUUGUUAUAACUCCGUAUAAUGCCGGCCAUACUUUAGGAGGAACCUUCUGGUUAUUGACUAAGAAGUUGGAGAAAGUAAUCUAUGCACCAGCGUGGAACCACUCCAAGGAUUCCUUUUUGAAUGCUGCCAGCUUUUUAGCCAGCUCUGGAAGUCCUUUGGCUCAAUUGAUCAGACCUACUGUCCUUAUCACUAAUACUGACUUGGGUUCUUCGAUGUCUCACAGGAAAAGAACAGAGAAGUUUUUGCAGUUAGUUGAUGCGACCUUGGCUAAUGGUGGGUCUGUCUUGUUACCAACCAGUUUAAGCGGCAGAUUUUUAGAAAUCUUGCAUCUUAUAGAUCAACAUUUGCAAAGUGCUCCAAUUCCAGUGUUAUUUUUAUCGUAUUCUGGUACCAAGGCAUUGUCAUAUGCAUCCAAUUUGUUGGAAUGGAUGUCUUCACAAUUAAUAAAGGAAUGGGAGGACUCACAACUGCAUGGAGGAUCUAAUAAUAAAAACAAUAUUCCAUUUGACCCCUCUAAGGUGGAUUUGUUAAGUGAUCCAAGUGAACUUGUCCAGUUGACCGGACCCAAAAUCGUCUUUUGUACCGGUCUCGACUUGACUAAUGGUGAUAUGUCAGUGGAAGCUCUUCAAUAUCUUUGUAAUGAUGAAAAGACUACAAUUAUUUUGACCGAAAAGUCCAAAUUCAGUGGUAGUUUAAACGAAGGCUUAUACUCUGAGUGGUACAACUUAGCCAAGGGGAGAGUAUCCAAUAAAGAUGGAAUUGUGGAAGAUGGUAUAGCGGUACCAUUGGAGAAGUUGUUAACUAUAGACAACUUUUUCAGAACAGAACAAUUAGUGGGAGAAGAAUUAAAAGAUUUUAAUGAGAAUAUAGCGAAACGUAGAAGGGAGAAUUUAUUAGCGAAAGUCAGAGACAAGAGGAAUAAAAACUUGUUGAACACUGACGCUUUUAGUGAUGACUCAAGUGAUGACGAUGACGAUGACGAUGAUGACGAAGAUGAUGAUGAAGGAGAGGAGGGGGAAGAAGAGAGUGAUAAAAACGGUACUGGCAAAGUUGGAGUAGAUAAGGCGGCAGCUACUGAAGCUGUCAAGCCAGAAGCCACUGCUGCCCCAGUAGAACCAGCAGCAACCGAAGCUGAUCUCGCAGAAACCCUCCUUGCUGAUUACAUCAAAACGACACUUACUUCCAAUAAACCCUUGGAUAUUCGCAUUACACAUAAAAUUAGGCCAAGACAAGCUAUGUUCCCCUUCGUCCCAAACACCCAUAGACAAAAAUUCGAUGAUUAUGGUGAAAUUAUAGAUAUCAAAAUGUUUCAAAAGGUUGAAGAUCACACCCAAAAGAGAUUUAUAAUAGAGAAAAGAGGUGGUCAAAGGAAUUACAAUAACAACAAUCAAGAAAAUGGAUUUGGGAACAACGGCAAGCAAUCUUUGGCCCCAAGAAUAACUCCUCAAGAAACUUUAAAUAAUCAAGUGCUUCAGAAAAACUUAGAUACGCUAUUUGCACCUCUGAAACGUGUCUAUCAGUCUAACUCUAAAAGGGAACUUCGAGUCAGGUGCGGUCUUUCGUUCGUUGACCUUUCUGGAUUAGUUGACUUGAGAUCGCUUUCACUUAUUGUAUCUCUUAUUAAACCAUACAAUCUCGUAUUGUUGCCUGACGACACAGCGCCUAUUGAUUCUGAAAUAAACCAAUUCAAUAAAGUGAAGACAAUGUUCGAACAACAACAGUCAAACAAAAAAGAACAGCAGUUCAAAAAGCAAGUUGUGAACUCUGCCCGUUAUAUGUCCUUAACUAAUAUUAGAGGUGGACUUUCUGGGUUGUCUUCAUCUAAACUCUCUAAUAACUCUAUGAACAUUGUUGCACCUGUUGCUAAUGAAUCAAUUAGAAUUGGUUACGAUGACGAAGAGGUUGGAGGUAUUGGAUUGACCAACUUUGAAAUUAAGUUGGAUGAUGCCAUUUUAGAAAACUUGUCAUGGCAAAAAAUUGAUGGUAGUUACAAGGUUGCACAAGUUUAUGGUGAAUUGGAAAUCUCCAACCCGUCUACUCAGGCAGAUCAAGACAAAGCCAUUAAGAAACAAAAGACUGCGGCUGAUUUCAUGAAUAACUCCACCCAAUUUACAUUAAAGCCUUUGCUGAAGAAAGAUUUCCAGCAGAAAUCGCUUCAAGCUGCAGCUACUAAAACUGACACAGCAGCAGGAGAAUUUUCCACCACUGGAAGCUCUGUUUCCAAUCCUAAAUUGGCUAUUGGUAACAUUAGACUUACAGAAUUGAAGAAGAAGCUACUUGAAAAGAAUUUGAAUGUCGAAUUCAAGAGUGAAGGAACUCUUGUUGUAAACGAAGAGUUGGCAAUCAGAAAGGUCACUUACGGUUCAGGAGAAUCGGAUGAUACUGGUGAUAUUGUGAUAGAUGGGCAAAUGGGAUCAUUAUACUUCCAAGUUAGAGAUUGCAUUAGAGAAAUGUUAGCAUACGUAUAA